AUGUGGAAACUCAUAUGGGCUUUAGAAGUUCCUAACAAUGUGUGCGUGUUCAUAUGGAAAUUGUGCAACAAUAUAUUACCCACAAAAGCUAACCUCCUCCGGAAAGGGGUGGUGAAGGAUGCGACGUGCAUGUUCUGUGAGAGAGAAGUGGAGACAGGCAAGCACGUUAUAUGGCAAUGCCCAACGGCUCAGGAUGUCUGGGGGGUGGGUCCACGGAAAAUACAAAAGUGCCAUAGCUUAGACAUAGAAGCUUUGGAUUUUAUGGAACUUCUCUGGAGUAAAUGUAACAAGGAGGAGAUUGAGUUGUGUGUGCAAAUAGCUUGGGGGAUUUGGUCCCGUCGAAAUUCAGUACUGCAUGGGGGCCUAUUUACUCACCCAGUCCAAGUUGUCCAUACUGCAGAAAGGCGCUUGCAGGAAUACAAAACAGCCCAGGCUAAGGAAGGAGGAACAUAUAUUGAUGUUGAGGAAAAACGGGAGAUCAAGUGGCAGAGUCCUUCGGUGGGAAUUUUUAAAGCAAAUUGGGAUGUGGCCUUGAAUAAUACGAGCAAGUGUAUGGGGAUAGGCGUGCUGGUCCGUGAUCAUUUGGGCAAGAUCAAUGCUGCCCUGUGCAAAACUGUGGAGGCUUACCUAGAACCGGUUAUAGCUGAGGCGAUGGGAGCACUUAGGGCCAUUGAACUCUGCCGUGAAAUGUGGAUCCAAGAAGUCAUUUUUGAAGGAGAUUGUAAAACGGUUGUCCAAGCAAUAAACUGUAAGGAAUACCAGUGGAGCCGAUAUGGACAAGUGGUUGAGGACUCAAAGACACUUUUGGGGGAUAUUAGAAGAUGGGAGAUGAGGCACGUCAACAGGGGGGCAAACACAACGGCUCAUGGAUUGGCGAAAUUUGCGAUAAAUGGGCCAAUCGAUCGCAUCUGA